GGCCCAGUGACAAGGACUGGCAGGGAUGGGAUGCCAGGGUUGGGCUUGUUGCAGGCAGUGUGCAGGGUGCCCCACUCAGCUGGGAUGCUAUGGGGCAUGAGGGGAUGGGGAGCAGCCCCAGCCAUGUGGGGGCUGUGGUUCUGAUGUCAGCCCCUGGGGAGGAGGGCCGGGGGUUGCCGGCACCCCACUGCCCCCCCCUGCUGCACAGAGGCAGCUCCGUUCUGCUGCCAAUUAAUGGGGGCCCCGAGGCAUCACCCGUCCCCGUGGCAACGCCACAGCCCUGUCGAUGCUGACGGGGGUUUCCAUGGCAACACUGAGGUGGGGACUGCAGGACAGGGACCCCGCUAAGGAGAUCGAAGCUGAGCUGGUCUUCUGGCUGGAAACGCGUCUUCACCAAUAAAGAGUUCCGUCUGGGGAGGCGGCAUGGCGGUGAGGUUGCGCCGGGUCUGUCGGGAGGUGCUGCUGGAGCCCCGCUACACGCCGCUGGUGGCCGCCUGCCUGUGCCUGGCGGAGGGCGGCGUCAACCUGUGGGUGAUCCGCAGGGUGCCCUACACCGAGAUCGACUGGCAGGCGUACAUGCAGGAGGUGGAGGGCUUCGCCAACGGCACCCGCGACUACACGCAGCUGCGGGGCGACACCGGGCCGCUGGUUUACCCCGCCGGCUUUGUGUACCUCUUCCUGGGGCUGUACUACGCCACGGGCCGCGGGGCCGACAUCCGCCUGGCGCAGCACAUCUUCGCCGGGCUCUACCUGCUCAACCUGCUGCUCGUCUUCCGCAUCUACUGCCGCACCUGCAAGGUCCCCCCGUACGUCUUCUUCUUCAUGUGCUGCGCCUCCUACCGCAUCCACUCCAUCUUCGUCUUGCGGCUGUUCAACGACCCCGUGGCCAUGGCCAUCCUCUUCCUCGCUAUCAACUUCUUUCUGGAGGACCGCUGGUCCUGGGGCUGCCUGCUGUUCAGCCUGGCCGUGUCAGUGAAGAUGAAUAUCCUCCUCUUCGCACCCGGGCUGCUCUUUCUCCUCCUACAGCGCUUCGGUCUCUUGGGCUGCAUCCCCAAGCUCUGCAUCUGUGCCGUGCUCCAGGUUGGUCCCUGCCACUCACCGUUGCCUGCUGUCACCAGAGCAUCCUGUAGACCCCUGGGUGGCCCUAGGGCUGCCUUUCCUGCUGGAGAAUCCCGUGGGGUACCUGACACGCUCCUUCGACCUGGGCCGUCAGUUCCAGUUCAAGUGGACAGUGAAUUGGCGCUUCCUCCCAGAGGAGGUGUUCCAGCACCGGGCUUUCCAUGCCGGGCUGCUCCUGGCCCACCUGGCUGGCUUGGUGCUCUUUGCACUGCACCGAUGGCACAGCAGGUCCAAAGAAAGCAUCCUAUCUCUGCUGAAGGAUCCAGCCGAGAGGAAGCACCCGUCCCCUCCCUUGAGUGUCAACAAGAUCAUCUUCAUCCUCUUCUCCUCCAACUUUCUGGGCAUUUGCUGCAGCCGCUCCCUGCACUACCAGUUCUACGUCUGGUACUUCCACACACUGCCCUACCUGCUGUGGUGCACCCCAACCUCCAAGCUCACUCACAUGCCCAAGGUGCUGUUGCUGGGUGUGAUCGAGCUCUGCUGGAACACCUACCCCUCCACUGUCUGCAGCUCCCUCUCCCUGCACAUCUGUCACGGACUUGUCCUGCUCCAGCUGUGGUACGGCACAGCCCUGCCACCAGCCCCACAGCCCAGCAAGAAGUCCGAUCCCCUCUCCAGGAAGGCACAGUAAGAGCACUGGCUGGACAAUGGAAAGGGACUCCAGGUCUGCUCCUCUGCUUGUUCUUCUGCCUGCCUUGUUUCCAGGUUGCCCCUGGCCACCUGAGGAGGGCCACGAGCCCUGGAACUACAAAGGGGGCAAUGUGGAAGCCCAUGCUAGGCAGGACUUCUCUAAUAAAGGGGCUCUGGGGGCCCUUCCCUGGCCGCGAUGUCCUUGUGCUGUGAUAACGCCCAGAGUGCUCUCCUUUUGGAGAGUGGUGCCUGGGGCCAGCGUGUGGAACAAGGUUAAGUUAGAGCAUCUGCAAAAAUCUUUGCUUCAAGGCUCAAGUGGC